AUGCGUUUCUUCACCUACACCUCCAUCGUCGUAUUGGGCCUUGUUGGCUUGGUAUUGAGUUUUCCACCAUCGCUAGAGGCAAAAGGUGCUUCCGUCGAAGAAGACUUCGAGCCUCCAAUGCCUGGCCACGAUCUUCGAGCCAGGGCGAACGAAUGGCCAGAUUAUAGGACUAUCGGACUGGGUUCCUGCGGCAGCGUUUUUGAGAUCCCAGGAACGGAGUUCGCAGUCAAGAAGGGAAAAAACACUCAUGCCCUAUGGAAUGAUUUCUGUCUGACGAACAAAGUUCACAACGCUGUUGCAGAUACCCGAGACAUGAUUCAAGAUGCGUUUCCGGAGAACACAAUACCUAAGAGUCCUUCUUGCAACUUCUUUCGCACACCAGGCUCGGAUCUUUACUGGAAAGCGAACAUCAACAAGUUCCCCGCGUCGCACAGAGAAAUCGGCGCUGCCUUUCAAGUUGAUCGUAUUCACCCACUCCCACACUCUGUACGAGAGGCCUUGAUCAAGCAGUACUUUGACGACGAGGUAAGAGAAGAGGCCAGAAAUGACAAAGAAAAUGAAGCAUGCUUGAUCCGCAUCUACCUGGGCGAAAAUGAGACUGGAAACGAAGAUUACGACUCGCUGCGCAACUUUCCGAUGCGGUUGAGCAUGGUAAAGAAACUUGACCUGGACAAGACACUGCUCGCAGACGAGAUGGCAAUCGCAUUAGCAAUGAUUCACUGGCAAGCUCAGGUCGACGCCAUGGAUGCAGAAUUCGUGCUUGGGAACAAGUACCUGGUUCCCGCUUUCAUCGGCAAUGACCCCUACUAUCCACGGCCGGACGUUGACACAGAGUUGUGGACGCGGUUCAGCAAGACGUAUCUCAAAGCCAGUCGGCUUGUUCUUCGGAACAAGCAAGUCAGCAGCCAGGCCAUGGGGCUACCUGAGAUAUUCCUCGACAGGGUAGCUUCGAAGAUCAAAGAGCACGAGGAUUGGGAUCCGGAAGGACACAUUAUGUUCGGGUAA